GGACAGUCGCCCUCGAAAACUCCCGUCUUUGCACCUCCGCAACCUCUCUUUCUCCCUUCAUCCCGCAGACAGCGCGCGCGCUGGCCACGAUUCUCACCAGCAACGCUGGGCGAACUCGUUGCUUACUUUGAAUUCUUCUAGCCACUGUUGUAACUUUUCGAGCCCUGCUCUCGCAACAAUGGCCCCGAACCUCCGUUCUUCUUCUCACGCCACCAAUUCGCGCCCCUCUACUCCUUCUGGCGCCCCGGCGUCCAACACUGCUCCCGCCUUUACCGAUUCCGCCAGACCUCGCAAACAGCGCCGUACCGAUAGACGCAGUCGCGUGGCCACCGAUCCGCCUCACGGUGAUGCUUCGCAGGGACACGCCGAGGCAGGCGCCGGCGACAGCCUGAGCGAAUCUCAUUUGACCGGAAGAUCUGCUGAAUGGAUCGAGCCUCCCCUGAGAGAGCCUGUGCCCAGCUACGCCGACACCCCGUGGUCCGGAGUGUCCACCGACCUCAACCCUGUGCUGGCAACCAUGCGUCCGCUGGGAGCCAUGCCAUCCGCCGCCGACUUGCGCAAAGUGGGACUGGUCCCGAAGGCCAACCCCCCCAGCGUUCCGGCCCAGAAAGAACUUCAGGCGUUCACGCCGGACGGUCCAUCCUCAACCCCCUUGUCUUUCGCGGAAGAACAGGCCCCCGAGCCCGAGGCUGAGCCCGAGCCCGAGCCCCAGCCUCUGAAGAUCAACACCCCGGACUAUGUCGCUACGUUUACUACUCUGCCUGUGCCCACUUCUACCAACGUGGACGUGGAGAAGCUGAAGGAGGCCGUUGAGAAUGCCCUCGCCCUUGCCGCAGAAACCGGCAACCGCCCCGUCAUGUGCGGCCUCAUGCGCCUGUGGGAAAAGUGCAGUGACGACCCAUUCUCCUUAUCUAUCUUGGAUGCGAUCUGUCAGGAAAACCCGAGCCGCCGGGAGAGAUCGGCUUUCCAGACCGUGAUGCGCAGCGCCUGGAGGGAGGUCCGCCUGGAGGAAGAAGCUGCAAUUCUUGGCGAGGAAGCCCCUGCAGGUGCAGGAGUGACUACGGGCCGUCCUCGCUCGGCAAGUUCACUUUCAUCUCUCUCCUCGGCCAAGUCCCUCGACGUUGAGACGUUCGCCCCCGGAAUGGCGCCCGGGACGGGCAAGGCUCGCACUCGCGCUAAGGGCAAACAGGCCAAGGCGGCUACCGCGCAGAAAACCAAACAAGCCGACCCGCCAAGAACGCGCCAGUCAGCCUUCCCAACCAACGAGUCAGUCCUGGAAAGAAAGCAUGCCUUGGAAGAGGACCCAGAAUUUUCCGAGGAGGCUUUGAACGCGAAGCGGACCCGCCUGCAGAAAUCGCUUCCGAACAUCGUGGCGACGUCAAGUGAGCUGCGCUCGUCACUGACUGCCAACCCCGCUUCGGACAUCUCACCCGCGGCUCCCACCCGGCCCUCACGCUCCAAUACCGGCCCUGAUGGCGCCGCGAUUAAUCGCAGAGACCGGUCAGAAAGCGUGGCGAGCAGCGACGCUCCCGACAAUCGGCGCCUGUCGCCUACCAUGCAUGACGAGGAUGGCGAACAGGAGGAGAUUGACAAUAGCGACAUUUGCGGUGAAUGCGGAACUCCCGGAGAUCUCCUGUGCUGCGACGGGUGUGACCGCUCCUACCACCUCACCUGUCUGGACCCACCCCUGAAUGAAGUUCCAUCGGGGUCGUGGUAUUGCUCCAAGUGUAGCGUGAGGCGGCCCGUGGGCACAUUGCUAUCCAAUCUCGACAAUCUCAAGCAGAAGGAUUUUGCUUUACCCCAGGGUAUUCGUGACCAUUACACCGGCGUCCGUACCGGUGAACGCGGGAGGUACGAAGAGACCCUGCCUUUGCCGAGACUCCAGCCUCGGACUGUCCGGGGGAGUCGCACUGGCGCAUACGAUGACCCCGUUCUACUGCGAGAAAGGGACACCAAGGGGAACUUGAUCUUUUGCCAUGGGUGUGGGCGCACCACCGGCGGCACCAAGCCCAUCAUCCAGUGCGAUUAUUGUCCUCUUGCCUUCCAUCUCGACUGUCUCGACCCUCCUCUGUCCAAUCCUCCCGUUCAAAUUCGCAGUGAGCGUCCGCACCAAGCCUGGAUGUGCCCGAACCACACCUAUCACGAUCUGUACUACCUCGUCAAGGACGAGGAGGGAUACGACACCCAGAGGCGCAUUCGCCGUCCUAAACGGCCCCGCUUGAUCGACAUUGACGUCCUCCUCGAGGACUCCGAAGCCGAGCAGAUCGAAGACAACGAGGAGCAAGGUGUCAUGUAUCGGGUCUCCGAAAAGGGGGUAAAGCUUGACUUUGUCAAGCGGGUCAAAGAGGAAAUCUUUGAGAUGGAAGUUAAGAAGGCUGUUGCGCAUAGGUUUUUGGACCACGCCAAAAAUGAGUUUGACAAACUCAACAAGGGCGCCAGGGAAUUUUACGAUUCCCAACAGUGCCCUGCUGCGGCGGAGGCAACAACGGCGGGGGCCCCCACCCGCACCGCGGCGGAGCAGGAGGCCGCCACCAACCUGAUUGCCUUCGCCCGGCAGGGCACUGUUAAACCUCCCCUUGAGGAGGGCAAAAUUGCCCUCCUCAUCGACCAACUACGGGCACAUGCGCCCGUAGAUCUGCCUUCGGCAGAUACAGAGGUUGCGUCCCUGGAGUCCCUCCAGGAGCUGAUCGGGCAGCGCAUCAAGUCGCUGCAAGAAGAAGCCGCCCGAUCGGCUCCAGAGGGGGACUCUGGGGACGUUAUGGAGGUGGAUUAGUUUUUCUUUUUUUUGUUUUUUGUUUUUUUGGGUUUCCUUUUUUUUUUUCUAAACAAAAAAAACCUGUUCCGCGUUUGGUCGCGAUUGGCGCAUGGGAGGGGCCAGGCAUAUGGGCAAGCAAGAGCCAACAGCAUUUCGGUGUUUGUGAGAAAUACAUCUGGCGCAUGUAUGGGAUUUCAGCGUUCAAGUUCAAUGUUCUUGCAUUGGAACCCGGGUCAUUUACUGCUUUGUUCAUUUUCAUUUCUUUUGCCUUCAUUCCUCACUUUCAUUGUUCGUGUGUUACUUCCUCUGGCUGCACCACUUGGCGAGGCUAGACCUCUCUCCUUGCCGUACCCAUUCUUUUGAAUAGGGGCCGGGGGAGAAGAAGGUCGGUCUCGCCAAAGUCUGGGUCAGUCAGAGGUAAGUAUACUACACACAUCUGUAUCUAACGCUGCGAUGACCAUUGCAACCCCGACCCAUGUCAUUCCAUUCGUCAUCUAGCGGACUUUCGCAGAGACCUCCUACCUUUCCUCCCUUGCGGGGAGGGUGGGUAGUGAUCGGGCCUGGUUGGUCCCUGAUGCCGGAUGAGGAUAGACGGGUGGGGUGUAU